AUGUCUAUGUCUUCCUUCUUCCCGGGCAUCCCACAACGCCGCUAUUUUUUUCACGAAGUCUUCCUAAGCUUCAGAGGCGAAGACACUCGUUUUUCCUUCACUUCACAUCUCUACGCUUCUCUUCGAAACGCCGGAAUCGAUGUCUUUAAAGACGAUCAACGGCUUCCAAGGGGAAACAACGUUUCAUCAUCGCUGAUUCAAGCAAUUGAUGGUUCUCAAAUUUCUGUUAUUGUUUUCUCAGUUAAUUACGCUGGAUCCCAAUGGUGUAUGGAAGAAUUGGUGAAAAUAAUGGACUGUCACAGAACCACGGGCCAAUUUGUUUUGCCGGUGUUUUACGGUGUAGAUCCGUCUGAAGUACGUCAUCAAACCGGUGAAUUUGGAAAAGGGUUUAGUAAGUUUUUGGAUAAGAUUUCAAUCGACGUGAAUGAAGGUGGUUUUGAAAGUUGGAAUUCAAGAAUAGAUAGUGGAUCCGCGCUUUUGAAACAUCAGCUUUUUCGAAAUCAGCUUCGUCAGGCUGCUAGCCUUGCUGGCUUCGUAGUCCUAAAUUACAGGAAUGAAAGUGAGGCUAUCAAGGAUAUUGUUGAAAAUGUUACACGUUUGCUUGACAAGACAGACUUAUUUAUUGCUAAUAAUCCAGUGGGAGUUGAAUCUCGAGUGCAAGAUAUGAUUCAAGUGUUAGAAAAAUAUAGUCAACAAUCAAAUGAUGUUCUCCUAUUAGGGGUGUGGGGUAUGGGAGGAGUUGGAAAAACAACCAUUGCCAAAGCUAUUUACAAUAAAAUUGGCCGCAAUUUUGAUGGUAGAAGCUUUCUUGCAAAUAUUCGAGAAGUUUGGGAGGAAAAUGCUAGCCAAGUGAAUUUACAAGAAAAACUUCUCCUUGAUAUCUUCAAAAAAAUGUCAACCAAAAUACAAAGCACUGAAAACGGAAAAAUCAUAUUAAAGGAUAAACUCUGCCAUAGAAGAGUACUAAUUGUACUUGAUGAUGUUAAUACAUUGGACCAACUCAAUGCUUUGUGUGGAAGUCAUAAAUGGUUUGGUUCGGGGAGUAGAAUAAUUAUCACAACAAGAGAUAGACAUAUACUUCGUGGCAAUAGGGUUAACCAAGUAUAUGAAAUGAAGAAUAUGAAUGAAAGUGAAUCAAUUGAGCUAUUUAGUUGGCAUGCAUUCAAGCAAGCAAGUCCUACAAAAGAUUUUUCUGAAAUUUCCAAAAAUGUAGUCGAGUAUUCUGGGGGAUUGCCGUUGGCUCUAGAAGUCCUUGGGUCGUAUUUGUUUGAUAGGGAGCUAAUUGAGUGGCAUUCUGUAUUGGAGAAACUCAAAAUAAUUCCUAACGACCAAGUACAAAAGAAGCUAAAAAUAAGCUAUGAUGGUUUAAAUGAUUAUACCGAGAAAGAAAUAUUCCUUGACAUAGCUUGUUUCUUUAUUGGGAUGGACCGAAAUGAUGUUAUACCUGUAUUAAAUGGCUCUAGACUUUUUGCAGAAAUUGGAAUAAGUAUCCUUGUUGAGCGAAGUCUUGUAAUUGUUGAUGAUAAGAACAAGCUUGGAAUGCAUGAUUUGCUGCGAGAUAUGGGAAGAGAAAUUGUUCGUGAAAAAUCACCAGAGGAGCCUGAGGCGCGUUGCAGGUUGUGGUUUCAGGAUGAUGUGCUUGAUGUAUUAUCAAAUCAAUCUGGAACAAAAGCCAUCAAGGGGUUGGCUUUGAAGCUACAAAGAGCUAAUGCAAAAUGUUUUAGUACUAAAGCAUUUAAGAAGAUGACACGACUCAGAUUACUUCAACUUGCUGGAGUGAAACUUGAUGGAGAUUUUGAAUAUCUUUCAAGAGAUCUAAGAUGGCUGUCAUGGAAUGAAUUUCCUUUAACGUGCAUGCCUACAAACCUUUAUCGAGGAGAAUUAGUUUCUAUUGAGUUAGAGAACAGCAAUGUUAACAUUCUGUGGAAAGAGGUUCAGAUGAUGGGAAAUCUGAAAAUUCUCAAUCUUAGUCAUUCACAUUGUUUGACACACACACCCGACUUUUCAUACAUGCCUAAUCUUGAAAAGCUAGUACUCAAAGAUUGCUCAAUGUUGUCUGAGGUUUCUCCUAGCAUUGAACAUCUCAAUAAAAUUCUUCUGAUAAAUUUGGAAGACUGUAUUAGCCUUUGUAGCCUCCCAAGAAGCAUCUAUAAGUUGAAAUCUUUGAAAACUCUCAUUCUUUCUGGUUGUAGAAAGAUUGACAAGUUUGAACAGGAUUUGGAACAGAUGGAAUCUUUAACUACCUUGCUUGCAAAUAACACUGCAAUAACAAGAGUGCCCUUUUCAUUGGUAAGGUCCAAAAGCAUUGGAUAUAUUUCUAUGUGCGGCUAUCAAGGAUUUUCACGUGAUGUGUUUCCAUCUAUCAUUUGGUCUUGGAUGUCACCAAUAAAUAAUGUCACAUCUCUAUUUCAAACACCUGCUGCCAUGUCAUCCCUUGUUUCUUUGGUUGUACCAAGUAGUAGCUCCCAUCAACUAUCAUCUUUUUCUAACCAACUUCCAAGACUUCGAAGUCUUUGGGUGGAUUGCAGCUCUGAAGACCAACUCUCUCUUGAUGCUAAAAUAAUUUUGGAUGCUUUAUAUGCCACAGUUUCUAAGGAGUUUGAAUCAACUGCAACUACAUCACGACCAGUAUCAGAUAUUCCUACUUCUACAUUAACUCAAAGCAGCAGUCAAGUGCAGGUUUUGGGAUCAAAACAUUCCUUGAAGUCUCUUUUAAUUCAAAUGGGAAUGGAUUGUCAAGUAACCAAUAUUCUCAGAGAGAACAUUUUACAGAAUAUGGAUGUCAAUGGGAGCGGUGGUUGUUUGUUCCCCGAUAAUAGUUAUCCAGAUUGGUUAACCUUUAAUUCUGAAGGUUCUUCGGUAACUUUUAAAGUCCCUCAAGUGGGAGGGCGUAACUUGAAGACAAUGAUGUGUAUUGUCUAUGCUUCAACUCUGGAUAACAUAACAGAAGAUGGUCUUAAAAAUGUGUUAGUGAACAAUUAUUCAAAGGCCACCAUUCAGCUCUAUAAGAGAGAGGCAUUACUCUCGUUUAAAGAUGAGGAGAGUCAGAGAGUAGUAUCAAGUUUAGAGCCCGGUAACAAAGUGGAGGUCGUUGUUGUUUUUGAGAACAAUUUCAUUGUGAAGAAGAUAGCGGUUUAUCUUGUAUACGAUAAACCAAUUGGUAAAAGUAUGGAUCGAUAUCAUUUACCAGAUUUGAAUGUUAUUGCUUGUAGUGAUGAUGAAAAUGAAUGCUCUGUCAAGAGAUUUCUUACUCUAGGAGAGCCCACGGAUGACUUCAAUCAGAACAGAAAGAAGAAGAAUCGAGUGGAAUGA